AUGGCGGACGAGGACGGGGAAGGGAUUCACCCCUCAGCCUCUCACAGGAACGGAGGCGGCGGCGGCGGUGGGGGCCCUGGGCUCCACUGCGCCGGGAACGGCGGCGGGGGAAGCGGCGGCCCGCGAGUGGUUCGCAUCGUCAAGUCCGAGUCCGGCUACGGCUUCAACGUGCGGGGCCAAGUGAGCGAGGGCGGGCAACUGCGGAGCAUCAACGGGGAGCUGUACGCGCCGCUGCAGCAUGUGAGCGCCGUGCUGCCCGGGGGGGCGGCCGAUCGGGCCGGGGUGCGCAAGGGGGACCGCAUUCUGGAGGUGAACGGCGUGAAUGUUGAGGGGGCGACACACAAGCAGGUGGUGGACCUGAUCCGAGCAGGCGAGAAGGAAUUGAUCUUGACAGUGUUAUCUGUGCCUCCUCAUGAGGCGGAUAACCUAGACCCCAGUGACGACUCGUUGGGACAAUCAUUUUAUGAUUACACAGAAAAGCAAGCAGUGCCCAUAUCGGUCCCCACAUACAAACAUGUGGAGCAGAAUGGUGAGAAGUUUGUGGUAUAUAAUGUUUACAUGGCAGGGAGGCAACUAUGUUCUAAGCGGUACCGGGAAUUUGCCAUUCUACACCAGAACCUGAAGAGAGAAUUUGCCAACUUUACAUUUCCUAGACUUCCAGGGAAAUGGCCAUUCUCAUUAUCAGAACAGCAAUUAGAUGCCCGACGUCGGGGCUUAGAAGAAUAUCUAGAAAAAGUGUGUUCAAUACGUGUCAUUGGUGAGAGUGACAUCAUGCAGGAAUUUCUGUCAGAAUCAGAUGAGAACUACAAUGGUGUGUCCGACGUAGAGCUGAGAGUAGCAUUACCAGAUGGAACAACAGUUACAGUCAGGGUAAAAAAGAACAGUACUACAGACCAAGUCUAUCAGGCUAUUGCAGCAAAGGUUGGCAUGGAUAGCACAACGGUGAAUUACUUUGCCUUAUUUGAAGUGAUCAAUCAUUCCUUUGUACGUAAGCUGGCCCCUAAUGAAUUUCCUCACAAACUCUAUGUCCAAAAUUAUACAUCAGCUGUGCCAGGUACCUGCCUGACCAUUCGAAAGUGGCUUUUUACAACAGAAGAGGAAAUCCUCUUAAAUGACAAUGACCUUGCUGUUACCUACUUCUUUCAUCAGGCUGUUGAUGAUGUGAAGAAAGGUUAUAUCAAAGCAGAGGAAAAGUCCUACCAAUUACAGAAGCUGUAUGAACAACGGAAAAUGGUCAUGUACCUCAACAUGCUAAGGACUUGUGAGGGCUACAAUGAAAUCAUCUUCCCCCAUUGUGCCUGUGAUUCCAGGAGGAAGGGGCACGUCAUCACAGCCAUCAGCAUCACGCACUUUAAACUGCAUGCCUGCACUGAAGAGGGGGAGCUGGAGAACCAGGUGAUAGCAUUCGAAUGGGAUGAGAUGCAGCGAUGGGAUACAGAUGAAGAAGGAAUGGCCUUCUGUUUUGAAUAUGCACGAGGAGAGAAGAAGCCCCGAUGGGUUAAAAUCUUCACACCAUAUUUUAAUUACAUGCAUGAGUGCUUCGAGAGGGUGUUCUGCGAGCUCAAGUGGAGAAAAGAGAACAUUUUCCAGAUGGCGAGGUCACAGCAAAGGGAUGUGGCCACCUAGCCUUUCCUCAUCCUUUCCCUCCUCUUCACCCCCGUCCUCUUUAUCCCUUUUGUCUCCCAUGUCAGACAGAGUAACCAUUAACA